AUGCUGCAGGUCCUGGAUCAGCUCCAGGUUCCUCACGUCGAGCGAUACAUCCCCGUUUCAACGGCAAAGGAAGGAUGGCAUGUUAUAAAGGAGAUGCAUGUCCGAGGGGCACCAGCUAUCGCUAUCGUUGCCGUCCUCUCCCUCUCGAUCGAGCUGACGGAGCUGAUGGACCAUGACAAGCUGUCCGCCGAAGCAAACGAGGUCGAAGCGUUCAUACUAGAGAAGCUAGACUACUUGGUUACCAGUCGGCCUACGGCGGUGAACCUGAGCGAUGCGGCUAUCAAGCUGAAGGCGCUGGUGCAGAAGAGGAAGCAGAUCGGAGAUCCCAAGGGGAAAGACCUGGCAGAGGCCUAUGUCGAGGCUGCGGAGAAGAUGCUGAUUGACGAUGCCAUGGAUAACCACCGACUGGGAGAUUUCGGCGCUGCAUGGAUCAUGAAUAACACACCUGUUGGCAAGGACGGCAAGAAAGUCGGUGUCUUGACACAUUGCAACACGGGAUCUCUUGCAACAGCCGGGUAUGGAACAGCACUGGGAGUCAUCCGCUCCCUCCAUGCUUCAGACAAGCUCGAGCACGCCUACUGUACCGAAACACGGCCGUACAACCAAGGCGCCAGACUCACGGCCUUUGAGCUGGUCCACGACAAGAUCCCCGCCACCCUGAUCACAGAUUCCAUGGCCGCCUCGCUACUCGCUCAGAAGGGGACAGGUCUUGCCGCCAUCGUGGUGGGAGCAGACCGAGUCGUCGCAAACGGAGACACCGCCAACAAGAUCGGAACCUACCAAUUGGCCGUGCUCGCCAAAUAUCAUGGCGUAAAGUUCAUCGUCGCUGCGCCCCGAACGACCAUCGACCUGCGUACCAAGGAAGGAGAGGAUAUCAUAAUCGAGGAACGAGCAAAGUCCGAAGUCACCAGAAUCACAGGGCCACGUAUCAGUGAUCUCGGCAGGAAUGAGGAGAACAUCACCCUUGAGACCGUCAACAUUGCUGCUCCCGGGAUUGAUGUCUGGAAUCCCGCUUUCGACGUCACGCCCUAUGACCUGAUCGAUGCCAUUGUAACGGAAGUCGGAGUCGCAGAGAAGAACGCAGAUGGGCUCUUCGAGCUGGAGAAACUACCCAUUCUCUUCUUCUUCUUCUUGCUUCUUCUCCUGCUUCUCCUUGUCGUCGUCUUUGGCUACUUCGUCUCCGUCUUCCUUUUCCGCUUCAACAGAUCCAAGAAGACGAUCUAUCUCCUGCUCUAUGCGCAAGUUAGCAAUGCUGUCACUCUUAACGGUGCGGGGUCUGGGCUAGGAAUCGUGGAAGCUAUACCUUCGCCAGGUGCGACUCGGCGCUCUCGUUCUCAUUAUAUCCGCCCAUCGUAUUUAUAUAUCUUUCUCUCUUUGACCAGGAUGUCUCCUUGGAGUCUCAACGGUUGGUUGUUUUACUUGGUUGCCGGCUUCUUUUUAGCCAGAAACAAGCUUGGAGGAACCUCAACGAAGUUGAUCAGCCACGUGACUGAAUCUUGUUCCAGCCAUGACUUUGAAAGAGAAAUGCAUUUCGCUUCCCCUUUAGAGCUGUGGUGA